AUGCUCAGCUCAGCAACCAUCCAGCGAUACGACAGGAGGCCGUGUCAGAUUCUAAUGAGAAAAUCACAUAAUUAUCACCGACAUAUAGUACAUCGAACCCCUAACGAAGCUGAAAUGGAAAUAAUUAAUAAUCCAUUACAUGAUACUACUCGUCGAGCCAAAUUAUUUGUGUCCACAUAUGGUAAUACACGUCAUCAAUUAAGACAGUCAUUAUCAAUUGAUAGCAAACAUGAAGAAGAACAAAAACAAAAUUUAAUAUUAGAGAAUUAUGAUUAUCAAGCACCAUUAAGUGCUCAUUCAUUAAAACAUAACUCCAAAUGGUUAAUUAUAAGACGUAAUUUACAUCGUAUAAGAUCAAUGGAUGGACAACAACGGACACCAAAUAUUUAUUUAAGUUUUCAAAUGAUUCGAGAAUUACAACGUGCACAAAGUGCUAUUAAAAAUAUUGAUCAUGAUAAUACACAUUAUCAUAAAAUAAAAAAGUUUUCGUUAGCUGUUAACAAACAAAAAGUCAAAACAUAUGAUGUAACACAUAUUACACCAGAUGAUGCACUAUUUUAUGAUCGUUUAGGCGACGAACCCUGUCAAAAACAAGACCAGUGUAAUCCAAAAAGCAUGUUCAAUGUUGCUUGUACUGAACAUGAGACCGAAAUAUUGGGCAAACGCAGAGCCGCUCGAGCGCGUGUAGUUAUUAAUUAA